CAAAUAAUAAAAACAGUCUUCAGCCCAAAAACGAUCAAGACCAAGUGAAGGUAAGGCGAUGCGCAUGCGGCUACGGGCGCCGGACGAGCCCGAGGCCGAGAGCAGUUACGACCUCGACGGCGACAACGACAGCGCGCCCUCUACGCCGGAGCGUAGCCACCAACUGCAGCCGUUGGAUGUGGGCUCGCCUGAAUACAUCGAGGAACGUUUAGAAAACCUCAAGCGCCGCCCCAAAUGGGUAGACUUCCUGGAUCAGUACGUGCAGGAUCAUCCGGACAGCGAUAGUGAAAAUGGAGACUUUGAAGAUGUGGUGAUGGUUGACACGCCUGGAUUCAUCCGGUCAACGCUAUGGUCGCUACUGGUCGUGGCCUUGGCGCCACUACUAAUCCUCUGUGCCCCGUGCUUGAGGCACAAGAGCUACGGGUUCUGGCCGUUGGAAUGUCGCUCCAUGAAGGAACUCUUCGGCUGUGCACUCACUAAUGUGAUCUUUAUAAUAUUUGGGCUCGUGCUGCUGUACUGGACGAUCUGCCGAGAUCUGCCUGACGUUUUCAAUGUGAGCAAUACGCUAGUAAAACUAAAUGUCCAGAUUGACGAGAUGCAGCGCGCGGCGGAGACGUGUCAUGCGGCGCUACUUCAGUGGGAAAGGACGGUGGCACAGGAGUUGUGCAUGCCUGUGGGUAUUGAUGCGGCGCUGUUGUUGCUGAAUACGUGGCUGUUGCUGCAUUAUCAUCGUCGAUGGGCGAAAUACUUGAUGGUGUUGAUGGCGGUGAUGUUUGUGGUGGAUGUGCCUACUCAACUGUACGACGCAACUUUUCCUGCGCCAGAGAUACACAAGGUCGACCCGACAUUCGCCAUGGUGGAUGAAGAACUGCUAGUUGCGUUAGAUGGGAAGAAUCUGAAACCAGGAGGAAGCGUUACUUGGGUAGCGUACUGGGGGUGUGCUACUACAUCAAACGUUGAUGCUUGUGAUAAGCAGUUUGUUUCCACGUUCGAAGCAGGUAACGUGGCCGUGACUUUCAAGUCGCUGGAUCAUUUCAUUCCGUGCUAUCGUGACCCUCCAAACCCACUCAAGGCUCAGGAUUAUCUGUGCUUUGAAGAUGUUCGCAUUCGUGUGAAGGAUAAGCAGAGCAUUCCUGGAUGGUCUCGAUCAACGCCACAGACUUCUGCUUCUCAAGCCGGAAAAGAUGAGUCAUCACUGAGCGAUAAAUGGCAGGCCAAACUGGAAGCUUCUCCUUUUAAGUCGGGAAAGCGAAUGGAUCGCGAUGCUAUCCAGCCGAUGCACAGAAUGAUAGACUCGGCUGAGCCAAUAGAAGUGGACGAACUUGACGCUUCUGCGACGAUGGGGUCGUUUUCCGAAUCUUCCUCGACAGCACACGGUGGAGAAGUUAGGCUAAAGGAAGUGGACGAAGGUGAAUCGAAAACUACUACUAAGGUUGAUGUCGGCAAUGAGAAAGUGGAAGAGGUUGAAGUGACAUCUGAUGCGGAAGUAAAGAAACUUCACAUUGACAUCAAGCUGGAAAUUGCUCCACAAAGCGAAGUUGCUAUGUCACUGGCGGAGAGUUCAGAAGAGCCCGAAGCAGUAACUGAUUUACAGCAAGUUUCAAGUGAAACCCAAGUGGAAGUCGAGGUGGUAAAACCCAAGAAUCAAGUGGCAUCGGCCCCAGCAGGCAAAGUCGAAGGACCAGGAUUCACUGAUGAUUCGAUCGAUGUCGAAUCUGAUGCCCUUCUGAACGACGAAAUCACAAUGGUCGAGGAUGAAAUCGAACUGAGCACAAUGACGGUGGUUCAAGGGAAAGAACCAAUGCAGGUGGUCCGUAGCAACCAAGAUGGACGGGCAAUUGAGGCAGAACUGAAGAGCGAGACGGAAAGGAGCACUUAUGAGACUCAGUCAGGUAAAAUGAGCACGUCUGGAACUAUCGGACAGGACGACGAGCUGGACGUUUCUGCUUCCAAGCAAGAAAUUAGCACUCCAGUCCAGGAUAUUCAAUUGGGUCCACGUGAUACCACAAUUGAUGAUACCCACUCUAAGAAGAGGAAGAACGUGAACCGGAAAUCAAGCCGUCAGCCCAAGAAAGCUGCACAGCCAGGUAUCCACCACUGAAGACUGUAGUCGAACCUUUUUAGUUUCCAAGAAGUAGUAUUUUCUAUUUGCUCGAAUGGUUGUUGCUGUGUGCAUGAACCCGUUCUCCGCAAUACCAUAAGACAGAGACGCUAGGCCAGCAAGCUGGUUCGGCUGGAAACUGCACAUGCUUGAUAUUACCCUCAACAAAAAACCUGCGGACAAAUUAUACCUGUAUAGAGCUUCUGGAACAACACGUUUACCGACAGUACUGUAAUUACACGACAGAAGCCGCUUCCGAUGAGUUUUGGGCUCCUGUGAUCGCAUCUCGCAAAACUUCGGCUAAGCGAUAGAACUUGGCGCCCUCAAUCUGUGCGUUCUCGCGGCUUGCCUCACACAAUUUUUCUUGCAAAGCAAUCUGCUGUUCCAUGUGCUUCUCUCGAAGCGCCAGCUCACGCUCGCGUAGCUCGACCUCCUUUUUAAAGCGCAUUUUCUCAAAUUCCAGUCGUUCACGGUCCAACGCGAUCUGCUCCGUCAAGUGUUUUUCAUAGUCGAAGUGCGCAUUACGAGUGCUGGCUGAUCCUGACGCCGAGCUCGAAGCAACACCUGAAGCUGCAAAC